UUUAUUUCAAAGUUAAUUUUCUCUCUCUUCACCAAAGAAAUCUGGAAAACUCUCUCAUUACCCUAGCCGCCGCCUCCUCCCUCCUUCAGUGUGUCUCCGGCGGUCGUUACAUUGAUCCACCAUCUUCAUUUUUGAAAAUCCAUCACCAUAAAAAGAGUCCCCUCCAUCUUCUCUACAAAACCCAUUUAAAAAUAUCAGGAACGGACAAUCUUCGCCGGUGACCACCACGCCGGGAAAGAGCUUACGUGUUUUCAUCCCGAUCUGGGUCAGAAUUUUUACACAAACACUUAAACCUGGGCUGUUGUCUUCAUCAAGGCUGGGGCAUUAAUAGGAUUUCCACAACAUCUUCUCUUCUUAUAUUAAGAGAGAUUAUUCAGAUUUCUCAACAUGUCUGACGACCGUGAUGUGCAUCCUGAUUGCCGGAACGCCAGUAAUCCUUUUCACGAAUGUACUGAUUACUGCUUUAGAGUCAUCGCUCAAGCCAAACUCACUCAAUCUGUAUCAGAAGUUUCACAAGCUAGCGGCAGCAGUCACCAUGAGCAAGCCAUCCCAGAUGAGUUGUCUCCUGAUGAGGGGAUGCAUGAUGAUGGACCAAAGCCUGAUGAAAAUUCUGAUAGUGAACCUGAUCAGCCUGCUCCAGAGAACAACGAGGAUGGCUCUUUCCCAAAACUCUCUGCCAGACAGAAAAAGUGGAUGGAGUUGAGAGCCAAAAUGCAAGAAGCAAAAAAACGUAAUCAAAUUGAAAUGGCAAAUGAAAAAAAGAGGAUGGAGGCUCCAACAGAGUCUAGGGGUGUUUCUAAGCAGAAGUGGCUUGACGAUAGGAAGAAAAAGAUUGGAAAGCUUCUUGAUGCAAAUGGACUGGAUAUGACAAAGGCAUAUAUGCUUGACACACAAGAGGCUGCAGAAGAGAAAUACAAGAAAUGGGAGAAGGAUCCUGCUCCAUUCGGCUGGGAUGUUUUUAAUCAAAGGACAUUGUACAAUGCAUACAAAAAGCGGACCAAGAACAUUGAGGUCGAUGUAGAAGAAUACAAUAGAAUGAAAGAAGCUGAUCCAGAAUUCUACCGUGAUGCUUCAAGUCUCCAGUAUGGAAAGGCACCAAAAACCUCAGAGGAUAAGAUUGACAGGAUGGUACAAGAACUUAAGGAUAGGGAUGAGAAACGCAGGGCAUUUAGCAGGAGAAGAACAUUUCGUGAAGAGAAAGAUGUCGACUCGAUUAAUGACCGCAAUGAGCAUUUCAACAAGAAGAUUGAACGGGCCUUUGGUAAAUACACAUUGGAGAUUAAAAAUAAUCUCGAGCGAGGAACUGCAUUGCCCGAUUGAGGCACUUGCUUUUGCUGUGGUGCGUUGUAUUCUUGUUGUUAUUCUGAUGCUGGAAAGUUUAAAUGGUGGAUUGCAUUCUCUGGAGUUUUUUUUUAUCAGAUGUAACAUUAUAGGCUAAUAUAUUUUGCUAUGCACAUAUGGAGCGUUGUGGAGUACCUUUUUUUUUUUUGGUACAACUUGUGGAGUACUUUUAACUUCAAACACUAAAUGCUUGCUUCAGACAUGUGUUCUUUUGUAGCACUCUUUUCGUUCAUAUGUCUUUAGUUGA